AUGCAUCGGCUGUCACACCGCUGUCAUACCGCUGUCCUCUGCCUCCCAGCGCCCCGAUACCUCACCCCGAACCCGGCUACAGUCCUCGGCCUCACCUGGGCGCUGAACAAAAGACAAUUCCACUGGUAUAAACACGUAUCGAAACAGCCGCGCUGCUGGAUCCUGAGACCACAGGGACCACUGCAGGAGGCCCCAGCUCUGACCACAAGCACUGCUCCUGGACAGCUGUGCGAGCAUGAACACACACUGAUAUUCACAGGAGCAGAGUGGAUUCGGAAUGACAAGGGUCUGGAGACGCAGAGGGAGACGCAGAGGGAGACGCAGAGGGAGACGCAGAGGGAGACGCAGAGGGAGACGCAGAGGGAGACGCAGAGGGAGACGCAGAGGGAGACGGAGACGGAGAGGGAGACGGAGGCAGAGAGGGACGCGGAGAGGGAGACGGAGAGGGAGACGGAGAGGGAGACGGAGAGGGAGACGGAGAGGGAGACGGAGAGGGAGACGGAGAGGGAGACGCAGAGGGAGACGCCGAGGGAGACGCAGAGGGAGACGCAGAGGGAGACGGAGAGGGAGACGGAGAGGGAGACGGAGAGGGAGACGGAGAAGGAGACGGAGACGGAGGCGGAGAGGGAGGCGGAGAGGGAGACGGAGAGGGAGACGGAGAGGGAGACGGAGAGGGAGACGGAGAGGGAGACGGAGAGGGAGACGGAGAGGGAGACGGAGAGGGAGACGGAGAGGGAGACGGAGAGGGAGACGGAGAGGGAGACGGAGAAGGAGAAGGAGACGGAGAAGGAGACGGAGACGGAGACGGAGAGGGAGACGGAGAGGGAGACGGAGAGGGAGACGGAGAGGGAGAGGGAGACGGAGAGGGAGACUGAGACGGAGAGGGACAGGGAGACGGAGAGGGAGACGGAGAGGGAGACGGAGAGGGAGACGGAGAGGGAGACGGAGAGGGAGACGGAGAGGGAGACGGAGAGGGAGACGGAGACGGAGACGGAGAGGGAGACGGAGAGGGAGACGGAGACGGAGAGGGAGACGGAGAGGGAGACGGAGAGGGAGACGGAGAGGGAGACGGAGAGGGAGACGGAGAGGGAGACGGAGAGGGAGACGGAGAGGGAGACGGAGAGGGAGACGGAGAGGGACAGGGAGACUGAGACGGAGAGGGACAGGGAGACUGAGACGGAGACUGAGAGGGAGACGGAGAGGGAGACGGAGAGGGAGACGGAGAGGGAGACGGAGAGGGAGACGGAGAGGGAGACGGAGAGGGAGACGGAGAGGGACAGGGAGACUGAGACGGAGAGGGACAGGGAGACUGAGACGGAGACUGAGAGGGAGACGGAGAGGGAGACGGAGAGGGAGACGGAGAGGGACAGGGAGACUGAGACGGAGAGGGACAGGGAGACUGAGACGGAGACUGAGAGGGAGACGGAGAGGGAGACGGAGAGGGAGACGGAGAGGGAGACAGAGAGGGACAGGGAGACGGAGAGGGAGACGGAGACUGAGAGGGAGACGGAGAGGGAGACGGAGAGGGAGACGGAGAGGGAGACGGAGAGGGAGACAGAGAGGGACAGGGAGACGGAGAGGGAGACGGAGACGGAGAGGGAGACGGAGAGGGAGACGGAGAGGGAGACGGAGAGGGAGACGGAGAGGGAGACGGAGAGGGAGACGGAGAGAGAGGGAGACAGAGAGGGAGGGAGAGCGGUGGGCAAGGACAGUGCGGACGAGGCCACUGGCUCCAUGAAGCCUGAGUCCCGUGUGUCUCUGGGGGACACGUCUCCUGCUGGUCCUCCUCUGUCCAACAUGUCUCCUGCUGGUCCUCCUCUGUCCAACGGAGAUUCUCUCAGCGACAGGAGCGCUCUGCCUGUGGAGCCCAGCCUCAUCAAACUGGACCCAGCAGCCAACGACGCUUCUUCCCCUUUAGAUGGCCAACCAGUGAAGAGGAAGAAGGGUCCAGCUCCUAAGAUGUUGGGUAACGAGGUGUGCAGUGUGUGCGGAGACAAAGCGUCGGGUUUUCACUACAACGUUCUGAGCUGCGAAGGCUGCAAGGGCUUCUUCCGCCGCAGCGUCAUCAAGAGCGCGCAGUACAGCUGUAAGAACCACGGCCGCUGCGAGAUGGACAUGUACAUGCGCCGCAAGUGCCAGCAGUGCAGGCUGCGCAAGUGCAGGGAGGCCGGCAUGCUCGAGCAGUGUGUGCUAUCCGAGGAGCAGAUCCGACUGAAGAAGCAGAAGAAGCAGCACGAUGAUGAGACUGCACGCUCUUCUGUGGCCACGCCCACCCCGCCCCCUGACCCCGCCUCUCUGGACCCCCAGCAGGAGGACAUGAUCCAGAAGCUGGUGGCCAUGCAAAAGCAAUGCAACAAGAGGUCGUUCCUGGACCGGCCCAAAGUCACGCCGUGGCCCCAGAGCCAGGACCCACAGAACAGAGAGGUGCGGCAGCAGAGGUUCGCACACUUCACGGAGCUGGCAAUCAUGUCGGUGCAGGAGAUCGUGGACUUUGCCAAACAGUUGCCGGGUUUCUUGGAGCUCACCAGAGAGGACCAGAUCGCUCUCCUCAAGACCUCCACCAUCGAGAUCAUGCUUCUGGAGACGUCGCGGCGGUACAACCCUGCGAUCGACAGCAUCACUUUCCUCAAGGACUUUAGCUACAACAAGGAGGACUUUGCAAAAGCAGGUCUCCAGAUCGAGUUCAUCAAUCCCAUCUUUGAGUUUUCAAAAGGCAUGAACGACCUGCAUUUGGACGAGGCAGAAUACGCAUUGCUAAUUGCUAUCAACAUCUUCUCUGCUGAUCGGCCGAACGUCCAGGAUCAUGAGCUGGUGGAGCGGCUGCAGCAGCCCUACGUAGACGCCCUGCGAUCCUACAUCAUGAUCAAGAGACCAAAUGACCACCUGAUGUUUCCUCGAAUGCUGAUGAAGCUGGUGAGUCUCCGGACGCUGAGCAGUGUUCACUCGGAGCAGGUUUUCGCUCUUAGGCUACAGGACAAGAAGCUGCCGCCUCUUCUCUCUGAGAUCUGGGACGUGACCGAGUGA